UUUGAGGGUUACGUUAUAUUAUGUUGAGAAGAGAAGGGGAAGAGCAGUCCUCUCAGUCGAAUACCCCACUUUGGCAUAGCCGUUGGCCUUGAGGAAAUGCUCCAUCAACCAGUUUAAUAAGAACUCGCCAAGGCGCCGAGCUUUGGAAUGCGAACUGUGUUAGUAAGAUCAACGCAAUUGAUGUAAUUACAUGCCAUUAUGCGUACGAAUACAUGUCCAUCGUUCCAUCGGGGGCAAUCGUCGGCAAUAAAAGCUGCGCCCGCCGAGAUCUGACCGGGUCUCGGAGCAAUUAUCUUGCCGUCAUUUGCUUAAAACAAAUCCGGCGGUUCCGACAUAAACAAACCUCCCUCUUUUCAAUUCUUUCAAGCCCACCUCAGAAGCCUGACAGGCAUACUAUCCGCUCUGAUAAUAUUGUAACCAUGUCUCCCACAAAUGCGUCGACAUGGAAUACGUUGGGGCUAUGUGUGGCAGCAACCUACGCCACCCUCGGCGCCAGUGCAAUCUUGUUUCCGUCGCUAACAGCCGAAACGCUCGGAUUCCGCUCGUUGCUCGAGUAUGCAAAGGCCGACGUGCCUGGCGUCAUGGGUUUCAUCGGCGGCCGCGACCUGAGCAUCGGUCUCGCCAUCUUCGUACUAGGCAGAGCCGGCAGAAACCGGGAGAUGGGCACGCUCAUCUUAAGCUCCAUGUUCCUUUGCGCGAUCGACACCUACGUCUUCUGGGCGAAUGGGAAGUGGUUCGAGUAAGUACCUGCUCCACAAGCCCACCAUAACUUUGGUCUUACACAUUUAGGGCACUGGUUUCUAUCCCUAUUGCCUCUCUGGCGGGAUUUGUGGGACUGCGGUUGAUAGGGUUGUCUGAUUGAAUAAUUGGAAAUACUAUUGGUUUCAAAUACUGGGCCGCAACUGCAUCAUUAAUACAGCACCGCAGGGACAAGCAUAACU